AUGGAGAGGCCACUAUAUCCAUUUAAGAAACAGGCGCUAAACAAAGUCCAGAAGAAGCCAGUCGCCCGCACCUUACGUCAGCUUAUCAAUGCUGAGUGCCAAUACCACUGGCCUCCGGGUUCCGUCCUCUACAACCAAAUUGAAGCGCCGCCCAGCCUUCGCCCUGGCAUAAAGGUAUCCGACAUCAGUGGACUCCCAACAAGUCUGCAGGACCCUGCCACAAACCUGCGCUACGCCAGCGCCGAUGAGUACCGCGUGGUCAAAGACCUCCCACCCGACGCCGUAAAAGGGUACUUAUUACUCCGGAACGCGCACUCAGAUACGAUUAUUUGA